AUGGGGCCUUCCAGACAGUGCGAGGUCUGCAAAGAGACUGCAUCGAAGUACAAGUGCCCCUCCUGCCUUCUUCCCUAGUAAGCAGCGGCACUACUACUAUUCACGCUUUUCGGCAUCUAUCAUGAUCACGGUUUCGCAAGGUUUCGACCUCGUUCUUCGUUUUGGUUUUGAAGGUGCACAUUUUUAAUGCGAGAUAUAUUGUGAAUGUUCUGUUGCCCCGUGAAUUAGAUGGGGUGGGAGGAGGUGUUUCGUCUUGAAGACUGCCUUUUCCGCAAGUUGUUGUGAUGACUCGGGACGAGGGAUUGAUAUAUGGAUUAUGUCUCGUGGGAAAUUUUCUAGAAGAAGCAAGAUUAUAAAAUUCGCUGUCGAAUGUCAACUGAAGGAUGACAGGUUUUGGGUUGGUUCGAGUGCUCGGCUUUAUCGCAGAACCCUCUAAAACCGAAUUAUGCUGUUAUCAGAGGGAUUAUUUCCCCGAAUAGCAUAAAAUCCAUGAAUUUAGGAGCCAUCAAAUCGAUCCCAAGGAUCCUCAGCCACCUUAGCUAGGAGGUUCGUAUGAAAAGAUCUGCCACACAUUCAUCUAUUUAUGAUUGUGGCUUUUUGAUAAUAGAUGGUUUAGAGGGGGGACUAGUUAAACAGUGGCGUAGAUGACGAGUACAAUGCCUAUAUUUCUUUCAAGAACUAGAGUGUAAGUAAGAGAGAAACAAAAUAAAUACCAGGAAUCGCCCAUAGCGAUUCACUUCACUAUGAAUCUGGGGCCUUUUGCGUUUUAAUAAAGUGGACCUUUCCUAACCGAGCUCAAGACUGGAUUCAAAAUACGUAAAACUUUAAUUGGCGUAUUCAGAACAAAGAGAGAUGUAGUGAGCUGUGUUCUUUCAUAGGGUCUUAAUGCACUUCUUUGAGAAAUAUUAUGGGCGAAGGGGCACAUUUUCUGGCUAGUUCUGAUGACAGGCAUAUGAAAACAUUGGUGUUCAAAAGUUAUAAUUCACAUAUUCAGGGAACUGAAAUGAAAUGGCCAUUCAACAUCUCGAUAAAUAUUCGAAAUUUGUGACCAAUGAGUUCUGAUCUUUUGGAUCUGUCUUUACAGUGGAUUGCCAGAUUUUGCUUUGGUUUUGAACCUCAGUAAUUAUUUAUUUAGCGGUAAUAUUGGUAUAUAUUUCAUUUACAGAGGUUUCGAAAAUUGAAUUUUUUUCAUGUCAACCAUUUUGAGAUGCAAUGGGUUUGGAGGUAUGACAUAUUUGCUUUUGACAACCGGAAGAAGUAGAUCAGAGAAGGGAAUCAGUGUGGGAGAAUCAUUGAAUUUGUGAGAGGUGGAUAAUGGCGAGUCCUUCCAGUAUUAAGGUGGAUAUGGUAAUAAAUACCGCCAAUGUAUGAUAUCUGCGACUACCCAUAUUAGAGGAAAAUUGGCGUUUAGGGUUGGUGGUUGUGGUGAUCCUGGCAUGUGAAAUUGCCACGUUCUAGCAAGUUAGAACAUCAUAUAUAUUAUUGGGUUCAAAACUGUGAUGAUUAACUUCAUCUUCUCUUGGCAGUUGUUCAUUGGUGUGUUUUAAGAAGCACAAAGGUACGUACCUUUUUACCAAGUUCACUCCGUAUAUUGUAAAUGCAGUAAUGGCAUCAUCCCUUUUUUUCCAUAUAUCGCUCAUACUGACGUUUCUUCUUUAACUGACACAGAAACGCCUUGCAAAGUAGCUCCACCUCCUUCAGAGAAUAUAGGCAAGUGUUUUAUCACUAAUGCCCUUUGUGCUAAAUAUAUCUAUCUAUAUAUAUAUAUAUAUAUAUCGAGAGAGAGAGAGAGAGAGAGAGAGGCGUGAUACUGGAUGUUCCUACUAAACUAUAUCUUUUCCAUUUGAGCUGCUUCUGCAUGUAUAUUUCCUCCAGUCAUCAUUUAUAGUUCUUCGGUCUGUUGAUUUUGCCCACUUGUACCCAGUUCCUUUGAGAUAUCUGUUCCUUAUUUCCUUUCAGAUGCAUCUGUUACUAAGAUCUGUUCAUACAAUUCAGUUCAUACAGCUCUUCCGAAAAGGUCAUACCAAGUGGGAGAGGAAAGCUGGGUUCUCAAGAAGCAGCAGCUGCGAUCUCUUGGUGAGGCCUUCUUACAGACCUAGCCUCCUGUUUUCGUAUGUCUUUUCUUCAGGAAGCAAUUCAAACUUAGGCGAGAGCACUGGUUUGCGAAUUUUUCGAAGAACUUGUGAAGAUGGAAAAGAGAUGAUUCUUAUGAGAUGGGCAUUUGGCCCUUUUGCCUUCUACCUUUAUUUAUUUCCUUAGAGAGAUGUCAUUUAAUGUUUUCAAUCAAAAUGACUACUCUAUUCGUUGUUUGCUUUUGGAUCUUCCCAAUCUUAUUUCCCUUCCUCUGAGAUCUAUUAUUCCAUGUGGAUAUGUCAUAUUUUGACCCCAUGCACUGCGAAAGCCUCAAGAACUUGACCACUGGGACUUGGGAUCUCAGUGAUGAAGCCCGCUCUGAUGCCACCUUCCCCUUAACACCUCCCUGCAGAAAGCCUCAUCGGGCAUGUGGAUAGUUUGGGCCAGGCUAGGCACCGGCAUCUUAUGGGUCCGGGCUGAAACCCAUCUUCUGGGUUUUUCCCUGGGACUGUGCUGGGUCCUGAUCCUGGCCCUGGCCCACUUGCUUUUGACUCUUGAUUUCGCUCUGUGCUUGAUUAUUCAUGGUUUUUCCCUCCAAUGGUUUGGAUUUGCAGUGGACUGCCAGGAAAUUCAUGAUUCUCUGAAGAACGAAGAAAUUAGAAAUCUUAUACAAGCAAUCGAUAGCUCAGAGUUUCCAGAAGAUGUAAGCAGUUGCCCCCCUCCCCCCUCCCCCCGUUCUCUCUCUCUCUAUAAAUAUAUAUAUUUAUACAUAUGUCGAGAUAAAUAUAUAUUCAUACUGGCACACUAUUUUCCCAAUUCCAGCAUGAUUUCUUAUGAUCGGGAAACUGCUAUUUUCUGUGAAGCGAUUUUCUUUAAAUUUUAAAUUUUGGGUUUAUAUGGGCAGGACCUUACGAAGGCCAUGAAAGGGGAGCUGUUCCUUGAUUUCACGAACAAGGUAAGAAUCAUCUCCUGGCCAAUCUUUUCAUGUCAUCGCGCUUAUGAUUAUUGAGGAGUUUUCCUGUUACGAUUUUGCAGAUUUUAUCCAUCAUCAGCCCAGAAGAAUAA